GCAAAGCAAGCACCAGAAGCUAGUAGUAUUUUUAUUUUUAUUUUUCUCUUGCCUCACCUCCAUUUCUCCUUGUCAUUAGAUACACCACAAGACAACAAGCUUCUUCUUCACCUCACCUCUCAUCUCAUCAUCCCCCCCCCCCCCCCAAGCUCAUAGCUCUCCUCCUCCUACUCCUCUCACAAUCUCUUUGUUUUCUUGUAAUUCCAACCACUUUGCAGGGCUUGUGCUUGUGCCCUUGCUAGUUGCUUCUCAUUGCUGCAAUGGUGGAAGGAGAGAACAUUUGAGCUUUCUCACUCACUCAUCACCAUGGCCUUGCUCCCUCUUUGCCCUCCUGAUUAGCUUAGUUCUUGAGAGACACACACACACAAACACUGCAAGCAAGCUCGGGUAGCUUCUGGAAGCUUCUGCUGUGUGUCCGCCAUUGCAAAUGGAUCUUUCUGGGGCGCAGGGCGAGCUGCCGUUGCCAAUGCACGCCGCGGCGUCGCCGUACCUCGGCUUGCACCAUGACCACCACCACCAUCAUGGCGGCGGCGGCGGCGGUGGAGGGAUGAAUGGGCGGCACAUGUCGCCGCCGACGCCACCGGCGGCGGCGGAGGAGUCGAAGGCGGUGGUGGUGGUGUCGUCGUCGGCGACGGCGGCGGCGAGGUACAGGGAGUGCCUCAAGAACCACGCGGCGGCCAUCGGCGGCAGCGCCACGGACGGGUGCGGCGAGUUCAUGCCCGGCGGCGAGGAAGGCUCGCUCGACGCGCUCCGCUGCUCCGCCUGCGGCUGCCACCGCAACUUCCACCGCAAGGAGCUCGACGCCGCCGCCGCCCCGCCGCUCCACCACCACCACCACCAACUGCUCGGCGUCGGCGCGCACCCCCGCGGCCACGGCCACCACCACCACCACCUCCUGGUGGCGGCGCUGCCGCCGCCGACGCGGAUGGUGAUGCCGCUGAGCGCCAUGCACACGUCGGAGUCGGACGACGCCGCGGCGCGCCCCGGCGGCGGCGCGGCGGCGAGGAAGCGGUUCCGGACCAAGUUCACGGCGGAGCAGAAGGCGCGGAUGCUGGGGUUCGCCGAGGAGGUCGGGUGGCGGCUGCAGAAGCUGGAGGACGCCGUCGUGCAGCGCUUCUGCCAGGAGGUCGGCGUCAAGCGCCGCGUCCUCAAGGUCUGGAUGCACAACAACAAGCACACCCUCGCCCGCCGCCACCUCCACCCCUCCCCCGCCGCCGCCGCCGGAGACGACGACGACGACGGCGCGCCGCCGCCGCACCCCGACCCCCGGCGGCGCGAGCUCGCCGCCGCCGCCGCACCACCUCCGGCUCCAGUAACCCAACACAUCAAGAAAUCCGUUGACAACAAAAGCCUCAUUUCUAGCUUAGCUGCAUUGCAUUGCAUUGCUCUACUACUGUUCCAUCAAAUUGAUGCUUAAUCCUCUCUCUCUCUUGUUUAAUUAAUUAAUCCAUGUUUUAUUUUUCUCUUGAUUUCUCUAACUUGUUGUCUAGUGUUAAUUAGUGAGCUGAUUGGUGAUCAUGUGAGUGAUGUCAAAUUUGUGGGAGGGGGGUGAAACUGAAAUCACCUGUCCAUGCACAUCCAUGACUUGUAGCUUUCACUCCCCACUGUUCAUGAUAUGAUAUGAUGUGGUCUUCAGUUCCAAGUAGUAGCUAACUACUAGAUGAUCAGCACAGCUAUCCACAGUGAUCACUGAAGCAAGUACAAUAUCGUGUGAGUGAUCAGCAGCUAAUAAUUCCAAUUUGUGUGUC